AUGGCAGAACCUGACGACGUGGAGGAAGAUCUCUUCGCAGAUCUCUACGACGGCGAAGAGAAUGUCGCUUCGAAUAACAAUGCAGCCGCUGCCGUUCCUGCAGCUCCUGCUGCACCGCCUUCCUCGAGCGACGCUGCCAUGAAGGGCAACGAUGCUCCAGGCUAUGGUGAAGAGCCAGAGGUCGCUUACAACGACGUGUCCUUUGAGACGGAACCUCAGGGUCAAGAAGAAUCGGCCAAUGGCACCAAUAAUGACGUCCAAAUACAAGAGGCACAUGACAUGCAGCCACAGCAAGAGCGUUACAAUGUCAACAUGAAAGAGGAUGGGUGA